GCGACAGCUUCCCAUUUCUAAUGGAACCCACAGAGGAUUAUUCUUUCCCUCCAGCCUCUUUCAAGCCUCUUUUGACUGAGAUUUCUGGGCUUCUAAGGUCGACCUCGUCGACGCUUGCAGUAGCAGAAACUACAGCAGGUGGUCUCGUGUCAGCUUCCCUGCUCUCUGUGUCUGGAGCAAGUAAGUUCUUUGUGGGAGGAGCGACAGUGUACACCACAAAGUCACGGAGGGCUUGGGCGGGUUGGACCGAUGAGAACUUGGUGAACUACAAUGGACCCACACCGGAACUCGUCACAGAGCUCGCAGCGAACGUUAGGGAGCAGAUGGAUGUCACAUACUGCGUUGGGGAGUCGGGUGCUACAGGUCCUACCGUCCCGGGACCGCCAUUUGUUCAUAUAGCAGGGCAGACAUGUAUCGCCGUCGUGUCUCGUGAAGGUUUCGCGACUCGUGUCGUGAACACAGGUAUCGCAGAUAGGGAGAAGAACAUGGUGGCUUUUACGAAGGCAACUUUGGAGUUGCUCAGGGACGUUCUCGCAGGAGACGUUAAACUGGAGCAGCAGCGCCGGCCUGACUCGGAGGGUUCGGAGGCUGCCAGGUUUUGAGCAUUUCACGCCAUAGUAUAAGGUUUCUCCAUUUCACAUUCCACCGCCACCCAUUGUCUUGUCUACUUCUAUUGCAGCUGUUUACCAUCGCAUACAUAUUGCAUGCACACCUUCCUAGGCCUCAUAUGUUGUUGACACGUGAUGUGAUCUACCUCCGAAAUAUGAUACAUCAUACACUCCAAACCUCAUCAAACGAUCUAGUAGCCGACUCUUGUGUUCCGUUAUCACCUCAAACUCCG